UUUUUCUUCGUUCGUCCUCCCUCCCCAAAUUUUGAUUUUUACCACUUUGGGGUUUCUCGAACACUCAUCGAUGUAUGAGUGAGUCACUGAUGCUUUGAGAAUCUGUUUGUAACUUUUCUCGAAUUUAACAAGACAGCUUGUGCUCGAACCCGUUUGAAGUAUUUGUCAGUCUCGCAUUGUAAUGUCAUGAGUUCUUUGAUUCCUCAUGGAAAAAGGUUGGUCCAGUUUCAGAAAUGGCGUAAUUUGAGUGUUGCAGUGAACCUUUUCCAAAAUGGAUCUGCUUUUUCGAAUUCGUUCUCCUCUGUUGCUAGUGCUGCUGAUGUGAGCCUUAGAGAUGGUCGAAAAGGUAAGAACUUUACAGUCUCUUACCUCGUUGAUUCAUUGGGUUUAGCUAAAAGAGUUGCAGAAUUGAUUUCAAGUAAAGUCAGCUUUGAGGAGAAGGGAAAUCCUGAUUCUGUUCUGAGUUUAUUGAGAAGUCAUGGGUUCACAGAUUCUCAGAUAUCCAGCAUCGUUACGGAUUACCCACUAUUGCUCAUAGCAGAUGCUGAGAAAUCCCUUGGCCCCAAGUUUAAGUUGCUGCAGUCAAGAGGAGCUUCAAAGUCUGAGGUCACUGAGAUUGUUUCGAAAGUUCCUAAGAUCUUGGGAAUGAAAGGGGAAAAAAGUGUUGGCAGAUACUAUGAUAUCGUCAAAGAGAUUAUAGAAGCGGAUAAGAGUUCAAAGUUUGAAAAGUUGUGUCAUUCUUUGCCAGAGGGUAGUAAGCAGGAGAAUAAGAUUAGAAAUAUUUUGGUUUUGAGAGAAUUGGGUGUGCCUCAAAGGUUGUUAUUCUCAUUGCUCAUCUCUAAUCAACAUGUCUGCUGUGGAAAAGAAAAAUUUGAAGAAUCACUCAAGAAGGUUGUUGGGAUGGGUUUUGAUCCGACCACCCCAAAGUUUGUGGAAGCCUUAUGCAUUGUUUACGGAUUGAGCGAGAAAAGACUAGAAGAAAACUUCAGUGUUUAUAAAAGGUUUGGCUUAACUGUAAGCGAGAUAUGGGAACUUUUCAAGAAGUGCCCUACUUUUCUUGGAUACUCAGAGCAUAGGAUAAGUCAGACAUUUGAUACCUUAAAGAGGUGUGGUCUGUGCGAAGAUGAGGUCUUGUUCGUGUUCAAGAAGAAUCCACUAUGCUUACGUGCUUCAGAGCAGCAGAUAUUGAACUCCAGGGAAACAAUUAUAGGCUUAGGAUUCAGUAGAGAUGAGUAUGUGAUGAUGGUCAAGUGCUAUCCUCAGUUGAUUGGAAUUUCGGCAGAGCUGUUGAAGAAGAAGACUGAGUUUGUGCUAAAGAAGAUGAAUUGGCCACUAAAGGACAUGACUUUGUUCCCUCAGGUACUCGGUUACAGCAUGGAGAAGAGGAUUGUACCUAGGUGCAACGUCAUUAAAGUUCUCAUGUCCAAAGGAUCACUUGGAAGUGAACUACCUCCAUUGGCGUCUAUCUUGGCAUGUAAUGAUCAGGUUUUCUUAAACAGGUACGUGGUGAAGCAUGAUAAAAAGCUGGUGCUUGAGCUAAUGGCUAUCUUCACCCAAAAUCGUGUCUUAUAACAUUAAAAAUUUGUCAAGGAUUUUGCUUAUUAGACCGCUCUAAUCUCAGUUUGAUCCGGAUCUGAACCGUUUCUUCUUAUAUGCAAUCCAACUUUGAAGAUAACUUAAAAACUGUAACUUUUUUUUGGGUUUGAUAUGAUGUAGCAAAAGAGCUUUUAAAGACAUGUUUUGUGUUCGAAAA